AUGAGGAGCACUUGUCCUCAGCUUGGUAGUAGGCGGGCGUGUUAUAGAUGUGGCCAGGAAGGUCACAUUCUCAGAGAUUGCCCUACUGGCCGGAGCACAGUGCCAAGACUUUCGGCGCAGUCGCAGCCGCAGCAGACACGGGGAAGUGCUAGACCUCAGGCAGCUGGUAGAGUAUAUGCCAUGACGGGCACAGAGGCGAACAAAGCAGGUAACCUCAUCUUUGGGUCUUGCAUGAUUGAUGGUAGGAGCCUAUGUGUACUAUACGAUUCAGGAGCGACACACUCUUUUGUGUCGGAGUCUAUAGUGUUGGAGUUGGGUCUUCUGGCGAAGGAGCUCCAGUAUGACCUGGUGGUGUCCACGCCUGCUUCUGGGUUGAUCAGAACCUCGACCUUGUGUGCUAGGUGCCGGAUCGAGGUUGAGGGACGCCAAUACCGGGUAAACCUGAUCUGUUUACCUUUGGAGGGCUUGGAUGUGAUCUUGGGAAUGAAUUGGCUAUCCGCUAAUCACAUUCUUAUUGAUUGCAACGAGAAAAGGGUGUUGUUUCCCAACUCAGAGGAUGAAGUUAUGUUGAUGUCCUCGCAGCAGGUGGAUCAGGCCAUCCAAGAGGGAUCCCAGUGUUUCUUGAUUCUAACUCAACUAUCUGUUGAAAAGGAGGACGGACACCUUGAGACGGCAGUGGUGAGGGAAUUCUCUGAUGUGUUCCCUGAUGAGGUACCCGGCUUGCCCCCACCCAGAGAAAUCGAGUUCUCUAUUGACCUAGUACCUGGAGCAGGGCCAGUAUCAAUAGCACCUUACAGGAUGGCUCCUGCUGAACUGGCAGAGUUGAAAAAGUAG